AUGGGAUCAACAACACCGCCCAGUCCCGUCCUAGACGAGGACAAAUACCGAACAGAGGUACUCCAGAUUGCGUCACAGGAAGCGGAACAAGCGCGAGCGCAACAGCUUUCCGACGAGGCACAGCAGCUCGGUCUGAAGGUCCCGGAGAUCGAUGCGGCGCCGCUGGCUGCCUCGAUCGCCUCUGGAAUGGCCGAUCUUUCGUCGCCCGCUUUGUCGUCUGGAUCGUCUACCGAUCGAAACUCUGCCUGCGAUGGCUCUGUUACUCCCUCCCUCUCCGUCGAACCGACGUCGCCGGCACUAUUACCGUCCUCGCUGGAUCAGGUCGCUACAUCGUUAUCGCAACUUACCUUCUCUUCCGAGCGCGUGAAACCGAGCAGUACGCGAUCGCUAGCGUCUUUAUCGACCCGCCCGACGUCAUUUUGUUCCAGCGAAAGCCGCACAAUCAAUGCCGGGCUAGGAAUUCAAGAUGGACUUGCGAUCAAGGGAAACCGGAGUUCCAUGUUUGUUGUGGCGCCGGGCGAUAAGAAGGAAAAAGAGAAGGAGAGACGGCGGAGCAGCUUAAAGUCCGCUAUUGGGCGCAUUCAUUUCCGGAGGAAGCGAGCCCCAUCAGCUACGACGUCACCACCGACUGCACAAAUUACGAUAUCUAAAAGUGACGAAGGCGUAGAGCAGGUCUUUAUUGAGAGACCCAGCAACCCACCCGCCAGCAAUGCGGUCUCAGUCACCAGCACAAGCACGACAGAUUCAAUCCCAAAGGUGGAAGUGGAGAUCCCAACCUUCGAUGCAGCAUCCCUCCAAAGAAGUCUGGAUGACCCCGAACUAAGCGAAAUGAUGGAACGACACAAGAUGGAAAAGAGUCGGCACAUGGCAUUCCAAGAUGCCGCUCUUGAGACCCUCCGGCGCCGGCACCAAACUGCCGUUUCCGAUGCACAGUCUGAAAACCAGCGCCGGGAGGAUGAGAAACGAGAAAAGAACGAUCUUGACGCCAUCCGCAUAGAAGAACGCCAAUGCGCGGUAGAAAUGGAACAACAGAGAGAUUUCGAACGCGCAAAGCAAAACUCCCGCACCCGCAUUAAGCACAUGGAAGGAUAUUUCCGAAAUGCAAGCCCCCCGCCAUCCCCAGCAGACCGCUCAUCCGAUUCAGUCAUGUCUGGAUCCGAAGGCUCGGCCCCUGCGCGCCGAGUCACGCGACAACAACUCGAACAACUGGAGCAACAGUACCAUGCCCACGAAUCCAUGGACGCUCUCCAAGAAUCCCGCAUUAAAGUUCUUCGAGAACGCCAAGAAAAGAGACUUGCCGAAGCGAUUGCGCGGAUGGAACGCGAACUAGACGAUUUGUGUGACCAACAUAGCAAACAAAUUGCUGCGCUUCAAGCUGAACACCGUCGCGAAGAAAGUUCGCUUAUCGAUGAACUGCAGGUGAAAAAGACGGAUUUGCGGCAGAGAUGGAACUUGGAAGAAGCCAUUUUGCGCAAGCGGUUGGAAGAGAAACAUGGCCAGGUUUAUGGGCCUUUGCCGCUUAUUUCGUUCUGUGUUGAACAUGAACCUGAUGCUGAGAAUAGCAUAUAA